CUGUAGAGGCAGUCCCAGGCUGUUCGGAUGUUUCCUGUGGGUUUGGGGCUGAGAGCCUCCUAGGGCCCUUGAGGGGUGGGGAGGGGGAGGUGUCACUUGUUGCUUUUCUGAGGUUGAAAAGUUUCCUGUGGCUCAGAGAACUCUGAGCAGAGCCCAGCAGUGGAUGCUCAGCACAGCUCCUGUGGAGCUGUGGCCCAGGGUGCUGCCCGCCCCGGCCACAAUGCCAAUGGCUCUGAACGACACAGGAAGUCACGUGGUCAUCCAGUUGUGGGGCCAUCACCAGCCACUGGCUGUGGCUUACGGUGUGGUCUUUGCCGUGGGCCUGGCCGAGAACGCGGUGGCUGGGGGCCUCCUCCUCUUGCGGCUGAAGCGCUCCGGCCCCACGUCUGUGCUCCUGUUGAGCAUGACAGUAGCUACCGCGGCCUUCACGUGCACCCUGCCCCUGCAAAUCCACUACCAUCUGCAUGGGGGCGACUGGCGCUUUGGGGAGCUGACCUGCCGGCUGAGUGCCGCCCUCCGCUGGGCCUUUAUGUACCUGAGCACCACUUCUUUCUCCUGCCUCUGCCUAGACAGCUACGUGGCGCUGGCCCACCCCCUCACACGCCUCCAGCUUCGCAAGGUCCACUGUGCUGUGGGGAGCGCACUGCUCUGGGUGUUUGCCGGGGGUGUGGCCAGCCCCCUGGCCCUGGGUGGCCCCCUGAGCCGGACUAGCCCUGACAAUCGGACCUCCUGCUUUGACGAUUUUGUGGAAGAUGUGGGGUCUGGGUCCUACAGCACCUAUGCACUGGUGGUGGGCUUCCUGGUGCCCUGCACCAUCAUCCUGGGUGGUUACCCCCUGCUGGCCUGGCGUGUGGCCUCUGGCCGCAGGACCUGGCGCUGCCGCAGGACCGUCAGGACCCUUGGCUUCAGCAUGCUCGUAUGUGCCCUCUGCUUCCUGCCCUACUCCCUCACCCACCUGCUGCGACACCUCACCAGCCCCAGCCCCUUCCUUGGCCACCUGCGACAAGUAUCACUGCUGCUGGUCAGCCUGGGUUCCUGCCUCAGCCCCGUCAUCUGCCUGCCCUGGGCGUCCCGGGCUGGUUGCCAGUUCUGGGCUCGCCUCUGCUCCCGCAGGCCCAAUGAGAUUUUUACCAUCUACGAUGGCAAGCUGGCGGAGUGCCCUUGCCCCACACUGGGAUACAACCAGCCAGUGGGGUGGGGUGGUCAGUUUGAGAGCUAUGGAGAGAGCCAGGCUGGAGAAGCAUGCCUUGGGGCAAGCCUGGCCACUGGUCACCUACACUGAGCCAAGCGUGGGGACACAGGUACAAAGAAUGAAGCCAUUCCUCCUUGUGAGGAGCCGACCGGCUGGCCACGGAGGGAGGGGCCCUGGGCCUGCAGCCCUGUUCCAGAGCCACCUCCUGCACCAGCCAGAGCUCAGGAGGGGGGACCACGUUCUCUUUCUAGAUCACCCACCAGCCUCUUUUCUGCCUUGUAAGCAGGACCCUGCUGCCCUGAGCCGAUCAGAGAGGGAGGCAGGGCAGCUGGGCCUCACCCCAGCCCAUCAGCCAGCCACUGCAGGGUUGGCACUUCUACACCUGCCACUUUGGCCCUGAGAAGCAGGUUCAUGUAGUGGGGAGAGACAAGUGACCAUGGGACCCAAUUCCUGAGUUAAGGGGUUGCUGCUACAGAUGAAUAAAAGAGGGGGAAGAAG